CGUCUUCUGUUGCUAUAGCGGGAAGCUCGGCCGCCAGCGGUGUUGCGGAGAUCCAGUCGCAGUCCGUGUUUCUCAGGUAUACAUUUAACUGAGAACUGGACCAAGAUGGUGUCUGUACUCCAAAACGUCAAGACUACAAUGGGCUGGCGGAAACACCAGCUUCUAGCUGACAUCAAUGAGAAUGAGAGCCCUGUGCCUGACAAAUUCAAAAGAAGGGCGCCUCUCAGUUCUCUCAAUACUAUAUGCAUGUGUCUAAGGAAGCGAAUACCUUUAAAAGAAGUACAGCUGAAUUUCCAUGAGACUCCAACUUGGGAAAGUCUGGAAGGAAAAGACAAGUAUCAAACUCUCCAGAGUAUUAGAAAAACAGCAAAAAACACUUUUGGAACAGUGUCCCAGAAAAUACAGAAGUCUUGUCAAAAUCCAGUACAUUCACUAGCGGCCUUUCCAAACAAAUCCAUUGCCAGAAGCAGCUGUGCAGCCACUUCCUUCAAGAAGAAAGGCACUUCACCUCAAACUCCUUGCCAUAACAACAGUGUUACUCCAGCAGCCAGCUCCAAAGGCACCCCAAGAUCCAGCAAGAGAGCCUUGUUUGGGCCGAGGAAGGUCACACGGCUGAGAGAAUGGAGGAGUUUUUCUUGCUGGCUUGGUAAAGAUGCUGUCCCACUCCGAAGAUCAGGGAGAGCAGUAGCACUGAAGAGUCCUUACUCAUCACUCUUAAGGACUAUUGUUUGCAGAGAGUUUGACUGCAAGUUGGAACUUGUCUCCUCAAGGAUUUGCCGACUGAAGUGUUUCUCCCAGGUGUUUGAAGGUGCUUUGUGAGAGGAGAGGCAACAAGCAACACCAAACUACAACUAUCUAAUGACAUAAAAUUCGGUCUGUUCAUCAGUCUGGGAAACUCAAGCUAUCAGAAGGCAAGCAAAGAAUCUCCCAUCAAGCAGUUUGUACUUAGACAAUGGCAAUAAGCAGUGUUAUUUUAAUGGGCCUAUAUGAAAGAGAACUGUGUAAGACCUGAUAAGGUUCAUCCUGCUUUGAACAUAACUGAUUGUGCUAUUAUGCAGCUAUCACAUUUAUAAUUCUUCUUGACAGCUCAGGUCUUUCUGUCUCUUGCUUUCCAAGUGAACAAGGGAAUCAAAUUUGUAGUUUAUAAUGUAUUAUGCCCUAAUGGUAUAAUAAGGGACCACCUUGAAUGCCUUGCAUAAGACAGUAAGUAUUUUCAUAGUAUUAGAUACUAUGACCAGUAGGGAUGGCCAGAGCAAGGGCUGCUGCUCUGUAAAUGAUCAACAUAAACAAAAUCUAUUUAGAUGUUCCUUUGCAAAGUAUAGGUACAGUUCUAUUAACCCUUCAAGGUCUAACAAAUUUCUUAAACACUAACAAAGCAAAAGCCACAGCUUUAUGAAAGCUAAACUAGAUAAGAAGGGUUGUUUGAAUUCUGAUGAAAACAUCCUUGCAAGGCAGUGGACUUUCUGUAAAACUGCUCAAGCCACAACGACGGAACUGUUAGGAUCCCAAUUCAUGUCUUGAGUUGCUAUUAAUAAGCCCAAUUAAGACUAUUUAAACUACUUCUGGUCCAGAUAGGGCAGCUCUGCUUUAUUUCUUGCUGCUAUUUUAAACAGCAUCUUGGCAAUGGAGUUAAGCAUUCAUUUAAAUU